AUGGGCUACGGCAUCAGAUUGGCCUAUGCACACCCCAAUUCGGACCGUUUGCACCACCGAAUAUUGCACAUUCAACUUCACGAAGCCAACUUCCGCGUACUGGCAGACCAGUCCUCUGAUUUAGAACGUCUUCCACUUGGCCAUUCGGGAUCCAAUGGCGGCGACACAACUGGCACAGGAUCUGGGAAUUCGGAAAGCUUGGCAUCUUCGGUGGGUACCUCUUCAUACUAUUACGACCAGGCCGGUGCCUCGGCCACCCCUGUGCUGGCAGAGUCGAGCUAUGCCCGGUCAGGUCGACCAGCUACGGCAGUUGACCUGAUAACAGCAUUGGCUAAUCUAGAUCGUAUCUACGUGAAAGCCAAGUAUACGACAGAUCAAACCUACGCAGAGUAA